AUGGCGACCAGCACCGCGCGGCGCGCCUUCACGACUACAUCAAGUUGUCACGCACAGCUACCGAACCCACCGCCACCCAAUACAGUGCCUCCUGUAUCCCAACAACAGGCAGAACGAGCCCUCCUCGCCAAACUCUCGACGCUGACACCCGCCCAAAUCUCCACGCUCCUGUCCGCCCCGCCAGGCACCCUCCCAAGUGCUCCCUCACCACAGCCCUUCGGCGUCCCGCCUCCGCAGAGCCGCCUGCGCCGCUGGACGCAGCGCCUCGCCAUCGCCUUGCUCUCGCUCUACGUGGGCUACGCGGCCGGCGACGAGGUGUCCAACCUCAACCCGACGUUCCGCAGCCUGGCCCACGCCGAGCUCUUCGACGACCAGGACGCGGAGGACGACCUGGCCCACACCGGCGUCCCCCCCAUGGUGGCGCAGACGCAGAACGCCCUGUUCUUCCAGAGGGACUACCCGCUCUCGGUCCCGCUCUUCGACCAGUCCGACCGCAAGGCCCUCUACGACAUGGUGGCCGAGACGGGCGUCGUCCAGACGUCCCCCCUCGACGACCCCUACGACACAACCCCGCUCUGCUGGCCCGCCCACGCCGAGCUGCCGCCGCACCUGCGGCCCGCGCACCUCGUGACGGGGCCCCUCGGCAACGACAAGGGCCUCGGCUUCGUCCACCAGGUCUACCGCGACCAGCACACCGGCCAGCUCUCCCUCCUGCUCACCUUUGGCUCCGGCACCCAGGGCUUCCCCGGCGUCGUCCACGGCGGCGCCAUCGCCACCGUCAUGGACGAGGCCAUGGGCCGCGUCGCCGUCCAGGCCUUUCGCGGCGGCGCCCCCGUCACGGCCAACAUGGACGUCCGCUACGUCGAGCCCCUCAACCCCUACACCCUCGUCGUCGUCCGCAUGGCCCCGAUGGACGACGCCGCCGCCGCCCGCCAGGACGUCAAGGUCCGCCGCGCCAGGAUGGUCAAGCCCUGGGAGCAGGCUGACGGCUGGGAGCACGUCGAGCGCCCGCGCGAUGCCGCGGCCGUGGCGGCUGCGGCACUGGCGACGACGCCGGCGACCGGCCGCGGUGGCGACGGUAAGUCGUCCGACGCCGUACCGGAAGACAAGGCGCGCAAGGUCUGGGUCGUGGCACGCAUGGAGUUGGCUGCAACGGGCGCGUUGGUCUGCGAGGCCACAGGACUCUUUGUCGUCCCUAAAGGUGUGGACCUCAAGCCGGUGGACUGGCGAUGGUGA